GCAGUGCUGAUCCCGCAGGUGUAUCAUAUCGGUGCUGUCAUCCUUAAGUUAUAAUGGUCCGUCACGGCCACGUAUUGGGCGUUCUCGGGUCUUCUUGGUACCGCCGAGAUGGAGGGUUCGGGGCGGACUGCCUAAUGUAUAAAAUCGGUAGAGCCUUCGCGACGCGGCACAGGGUCCUGGUUCCGAACAAAAGAACCAGAACCAACCUCGGUCCCGUGUUAUGGUAGAUUCUGUUUACCAAAUUAAAUCAAUUUGGAUACAAGAGAGAAACCCGAGGAGUGAGUUCGGCUUUUAGCUCGGUUCGCAGUUCGUAGUUUCCGACCACAUUUACUCGGCAGGGGGACACUACCGCGCUCGGCAAACCCGACAUGAAGAGUGGGUGUGCGGCCCUCUUGGCGAUGUGACGUCUCACCUGCGGGGAAAGCGUGCGGUGGCCACCUGCAGACUCCAUGCUGGUGUCGAGACACCAUGAAGAGAUUCAGAAGGACUCCCGACUCCCAGAGAGACCGGAUCAAACAGGAGCUCUUCCAGUUCAGCAAGACUGUGGAGCAUGGCUUCCCCCACCAGCCCAGUGCUUUGGGUCACAGCUCUUCCCUGCAGCUGCUGGCCAUCGGGACUCGCUCUGGAGCCAUCAAACUAUAUGGAGCUCCUGGAGUAGAGUUUAUGGGUCUGCAUGAUGAGAAUGCUGCUGUCACACAAGUGCACUUCUUGCCUCACCAGGUGGAGUUGGUCACUCUUCUGGACGACAACAGUCUCCACAUGUGGACCCUCAAGGGCCACAAAGGCGUGUCAGAGCUGCUAGAGAUUGGCCGGUUUGUUCUAACUGGACCUCCAGGAGCCCUGCCCAGUGUGACCCGGAUCACUGCGGUUCUGGCCCAUUCCUCCGGGGAGCUGCUGCUGCUGGGAACUGAAGGAGGACAUGUGUUCGUAGUGGAAGUCCCAGGCUUCAGGGAGCUGGAGGAGAGGAACAUCAGCCUGGAGCAGGUUACCAGCAGAGUCCCAGAUAACUACAUUGGGCGCCGAAACCUGGAACACGUAGAGGCCUUGCAGGAGAAUCCAGCAGACGCAAAUCAGGUGGUGAUCGGCUACGGCCGAGGGGUAUUAGUGGUCUGGGACCUGAAGAAGCACAGUCUACUACAAUGCAUUUGCCCCUCACAGGCCCUGGAGAGUGUGUGGUGGACAGAGGAUGGAGGAUGCAUUCUCAGUUCCCACACUGAUGGAAGCUACUGUCGCUGGACGGUGGGUGAGACGGACGGGAACGAAGAGAAGUCAGACACCCCAUACGGAACCUUUCCCUGUAAGGCCAUUUCCAAGAUCAUGCAGCUCCCUACUGCAGAGGGGCCACCGUUCCUGCUAUUCAGUGGGGGCAUGCCCAGAGCCAGCUACGGAGACAGACACUGCAUCACGGUGAUCCACGGGAAAAGUCACGUGGCUCUGGAUUUCACCUCUAGGAUCAUAGACUUCUUCGUCAUCAGAGAGGGGCCACAUCACAAAGGAGACCCAAGUGCUCUGGUGGUUCUGGUGGAGGAGGAGCUAGUUGUGAUCGACCUGCAGGCUGAAGGCUGGCCCGUGGUUCAGACCCCAUACCUAGUUCCUCUGCACAGCUCAGCCAUCACCUGCUCCCACCAUGUUUCUGCUAUACCUCUCAAACUGUGGGAACGGAUCAGCGCUGCUGGAGCACUGCAGAGCACACACUACUCCAAGAAGCUGUGGCCCAUCAGAGGAGGUCAGAACCUUGCACCAGAUCCUCCACAGAGGGACUUGCUGCUCACAGGACACGAGGACGGUACGGUGCGGUUCUGGGAUGCGUCGGGAGUCUGCUUGUCGCCUGUUUACAAGCUGAGCACAGCCGCAGUAUUCCAUACCGACGCUGACCCCAACGACAACAUGAACCACAGCACAGAGGGAGAGUGGCCUCCCUUCAGGAAGGUGGGCUGUUUUGACCCGUACAGCGAUGACCCAAGGCUCGGCAUUCAAAAGAUCCACCUGUGUAAAUACAGUGGUUAUCUGACUGUAGCUGGCACCGCGGGACAGAUCAUGGUUCUGGAGCUGAAUGAUGAAGCUGCAGAGCAAACGGUGGAGGCUCAGGUUGUAGAUUUGCUGCAGGGUCAAGAGGGCUUUCGCUGGAAGGGUCACACUCAGCUGGAUGUUCGUGAGGACCCGGUGCAGUUUCCCCCGGGCUUCCAGCCCUUCACCCUGGUGCAGUGUCAGCCUCCUGCUGUGGUCACUGCCCUCAUUCUGCACUCGGAGUGGAAGCUGGUGGCUUUUGGCACCAGCCAUGGCUUUGGUCUUUUCGAUUACCAACAGAAAAAGAACGUCCUGGUCAAAUGUACUCUGAAUCCCAGCGACCAGCUGGCCAUGGAGGGACCGCUGUCCAGAGUGAAGAGCAUCAAGAAGUCUUUGCGGCAGUCCUUCAGGAGGAUCAGGCGUAGCAGAGUGUCUCUCAGGAAGCAUCAUGUCAACAGCUCUGCUAAGUUGCAAGAGGCCAACGCCCGCCUGGAAGCCGAGCUGGCUGAAAUGGAGCUGGCUCCGGUACAAAGAAAAAUUGAGGCGCGCUCCUCAGACGACUCCUUCACUGGACUUGUGCGCGUACUGUACUUUGCGGACACCUUCCUAACGGACAGUACACAUAACACUCCCUCUCUCUGGGCGGGCACUAAUGGAGGCUGUGUGUUCGCUUACAUUCUUCACCUUCCUACCAUGGAACACAGAGGCGAGGAGCUAAUCACUGCUCAGCCAGCUAAGGAGAUCCAGCUGAUGCAUCGAGCCCCGGUGGUUGGUGUGGUAGUUCUAGACGGGCACGGUACUCCUCUUCCGGAGCCUCUAGAAGUUGCCCAUGACCUCGCUCGCUCGCCAGACAUGCACGGCUCACACCACCUGUUGGUGGUUUCCGAAGAACAGUUCAAGGUUUUUACUCUGCCAAAGGUGAGUGCCAAGACAAAGUUGAAGCUGACUGCGAUAGAUGGCUCCAGGGUGAGGAAGGUGGGCGUCGCUUGGUUUGGAAGCAAUCGCACAGAAGACUAUGGUGAAAGCGGGCUGCUGGUUCUGACCAACCAGGGGGACGUGCACGCCAUAUCCGUCCCACACAUCAAAAUGCAGGUCCAGCACCCCUGCAUUCGGCGCGAGGACGUUAGUGGCAUUGCCUCCUGCGUCUUUACAAAGCACGGCCAGGGCUUCUACCUGAUCUCCCCAUCAGAGUUUGAGCGCUUCUCUCUGUCUACCCGCUGCCUGGUGGAGCCUCGCUGCCUGGUGGAGGUGCCCAUUUUGAAGGAUAAUUCCAACCAGCGUCGUCCUCAACUGGACGGACCUUCAUCCGCUCAUCUGAGCACCUGCGAGAAUGAGGAUCCAGGUAAAUGUGCAGAUCAUGGAGCAGCUUCACAGAGCUCAGCUAGACGUGUUAUGGAGCAUGCUUUGCUGAAUGACGAGAAUGUUCUGCUUGAAAUCCAGAAGUCUCUGGAGGGAGAUCAGAUGUAUGUCCUGGAGAACAAUGUGAGGAACGCUGCAGUCUGACGAUCCCAACAUCAGUCCCCCCCCCCCGUCCCCCCCCCCCCAAAACACAUUCCAGAGCAGUGUGCUCUGCCAGCUCCCAUGAUGCCUCGCUCUGAAGCCUUAAUAACCAGCAGCCUUCAUUCCAGCGUGCCUUCAACCCCCCACCUUGGGUCAAACUUUGCAAGAUACACAGGGAAGGGGGCAUCAGACCGAUGACUUUAGUUUCAGCUCCAAAAGCUGAUAAAAUCUAAGUCCAAAUUUGAGACGGAGAUUGAUGCAAACACUAACAGCUUUCAAGAAAGAAGUUGUCGACCCCCCCCCCCCCCCCCCCCCCCCCCCCCAGCAGAAACUUCAAUCCAACGUGUCACCUAGUGUCAGGAGAUUAAGAGAUUUUUUUCUUUUUGUGUUUUUUUUUUUUUUACCUCAAAUGAAGUCAUGCUGUUGUUAAGCUUUUAAGAUCUGAAAACAUUUUAAUGAAAAUCAUGAUUUUAACUAGAACGCUAAAACAGUUUUCAACUGUCUGAAGGUUGCAGGCCCAAUGGAAAAAAGAUAAUUCCAAAGCCCAUGCUUUUUCUGUAAUUGCUGUUAUUUUUCCCUUCUGUCGUCUCAUCAUCUGGUUAUUUGUAGCUCAGGCAAGUCGACCCUUCCCAGCUGCCUGUGCUAGACUGCUUUUCUGUAGCAGCUUUUCAGUGGGUUAUGGAUUUAAAUAUUUUGUAUGUGAACAGUUGUCCUAUUCCACCAAUGAAUGAUGUAAUGUAGGAAUGUAACUUUAAGCUAUUGUAGUGAAAUGAUUAUAAUAUAUUUAGUGUUUGCCUGUUGAUGGGAUAGGCUGCUUUUUGGAUCACAAAACAUUUUGGUACGGUCUCCAAAUGCCGGGAAUCUUAGCAUCAGCUUAGAAUAUGUUUUUUAGAGACUGAUUCAGAACUCUAAUAUUUUUAUUAUUGUAAGUAAUUUGACACUACAAUUUCUGUCAUAACAAUUUUCUAAAGAACAA